GUAGCUCGGCGAUCGGCGCCGGAGAUUCGCGAGCCCGGCGCCCUGCGCGGCCGCCCGCCGGCCUCCCGCCAGCCUGUCCCGACCCGCGGCUCCACCGCGGAGCCCCGCCCGAGCCAGGCUCUCGGCAGGAAACAAUGAAGGGAGACACCAGACGUCUCAACGGAGAGGAGGACGCCAGCAGGAGGGAAGACUCCAUCAUGACCAAUGGGGGCUGCAGCGACCGGUCUUCUGAUUCUAAGGAUGCGCCCUCUCCCCCGAUCCUGGAGGCUGUCGUCACCCCGGAGAUCAGAGGCCGCAGAUCAAGCUCACGACUAUCCAAGCGGGAAGUCUCCAGCCUGCUGAGUUAUACUCAGGAUCUCACAGGUGAUGGCGAUGGUGAAGGGGAAGAUGGAGAUGGUUUGGACACUCCAGUGAUGCCAAAACUCUUCCGUGAAACCAGGACACGGUCUGAAAGCCCAGCUGUCCGAACCCGAAAUAGCAACAGUGCCUCCAGCCGGGAGAGGCACAGGCCCUCCCCACGGUCCACCCGAGGCCGGCAGGGCCGCAGUCACAUGGAGGAGUCCCCCGUGGAGUUCUCAGCUACCAGGUCCCUGAGGCGGAGGACAGUAUCAUUGGCAGGCACACCGUGGCCAUCCCCUGCCAGCCCCUACCUCACCAUUGACCUCACAGAUGAUGAUGUGGUACCCCAGAGCAGCAGUACUCCCUACGCCCGCCUGGCCCAGGACAGCCAGCAGGAGAGCACAGAGUCCCUGCAGGUGGAUGUAGAGGGUAGAGAUGCAGACAGCACCGAGUAUCAGGAUGGGAAGGAGUUUGGAAUAGGGGACCUCGUGUGGGGCAAAAUCAAGGGCUUCUCCUGGUGGCCUGCCAUGGUAGUGUCCUGGAAGGCCACCUCCAAGCGCCAGGCCAUGUCCGGCAUGCGGUGGGUCCAGUGGUUUGGUGAUGGCAAGUUCUCAGAGGUCUCAGCGGAUAAACUGGUGGCCCUGGGGCUGUUCAGCCAGCACUUUAACCUGGCGACCUUCAAUAAGCUGGUCUCUUACAGGAAGGCCAUGUACCAUGUACUGGAGAAAGCCAGGGUGCGAGCUGGCAAGAUCUUCCCCAGCAGCCCUGGAGACUCGUUGGAAGACCAGCUGAAGCCAAUGUUGGAGUGGGCCCACGGGGGCUUUAAGCCCACCGGGAUUGAGGGCCUCAAACCCAACAAUAAGCGACAAGAGAACAAAACCCGAAGGCGCACAGCUGAUGACUCAGCCACCUCUGACUACUGCCCCCAACCCAAGCGCCUCAAGACAAAUUGCUAUAACAAUGGCAAAGACCGAGGAGAGGAGGACCAGAGUCGAGAGCAAAUGGCUUUGGAUGUUACCAACAAUAAGAGUAACUUGGAAGAUAGCUGUUUGUCCUGUGGUAGGAAAAACCCCGUGUCUUUCCACCCUCUCUUUGAGGGUGGCCUCUGCCAGACGUGCCGGGACCGGUUCCUCGAGCUGUUCUACAUGUAUGACGAUGAUGGCUAUCAGUCUUACUGCACCGUGUGCUGCGAGGGCCGCGAGCUGCUGCUCUGCAGCAACACAAGCUGCUGCCGGUGCUUCUGUGUGGAGUGCCUGGAGGUGCUGGUGGGAGCAGGCACGGCAGCCGAUGCAAAGCUGCAGGAGCCCUGGAGCUGCUACAUGUGCCUCCCGCAGCGCUGUCAUGGAGUCCUGCGGCGCAGGAAGGACUGGAAUGUGCGCCUGCAGGCCUUCUUCACCAGUGACAUGGGGCUCGAAUAUGAAGCCCCCAAGUUAUACCCUGCAAUUCCUGCAGCUCGAAGGCGGCCCAUUCGGGUUUUGUCCCUGUUUGAUGGAAUUGCAACAGGAUACUUGGUCCUCAAAGAAUUGGGCAUCAAAGUGGAGAAGUACAUUGCCUCUGAAGUAUGUGAAGAGUCCAUUGCUGUCGGAACUGUUAAGCAUGAAGGCAAUAUCAAAUAUGUGAAUGACGUCAGGAACAUCACAAAGAGAAAUAUUGAAGAAUGGGGCCCCUUUGACUUGGUGAUUGGUGGAAGCCCAUGCAAUGAUCUCUCAAAUGUGAACCCUGCCAGGAAAGGCCUGUAUGAGGGCACAGGCCGGCUCUUCUUUGAGUUCUACCACCUGCUGAAUUACACACGCCCCAAGGAGGGUGAUGAAAGGCCCUUCUUCUGGAUGUUUGAGAAUGUGGUAGCCAUGAAAGUUGGUGACAAGAGGGACAUCUCUCGGUUCCUGGAGUGUAAUCCAGUGAUGAUAGAUGCCAUCAAAGUGUCCGCUGCUCACAGAGCCCGAUACUUCUGGGGCAACCUACCUGGGAUGAACAGGCCUGUGAUAGCAUCAAAGAAUGAUAAACUCGAGCUGCAGGACUGCCUGGAGUUCAAUAGGACAGCAAAGUUAAAGAAAGUACAGACAAUAACCACCAAGUCGAACUCGAUCAAACAGGGGAAAAACCAACUUUUCCCUGUUGUCAUGAAUGGCAAAGAAGAUGUUUUGUGGUGCACUGAGCUAGAAAGGAUCUUCGGCUUUCCCGUACACUACACGGAUGUGUCCAACAUGGGCCGCGGUGCCCGCCAGAAGCUGCUUGGGAGGUCCUGGAGUGUGCCUGUCAUCCGACACCUCUUCGCUCCCCUGAAGGACUACUUUGCCUGUGAAUAGGCACCAGGCUUGCUGGGGCUUACAGGGCAGAGCCAGGACCCAGGAGGUGCAGCCCAGGCUCUGCCCUUACUCAGCUCAGCUGUGUGGGGUCCCACUGCAUACCUCUGCGGGAGCAGAGAGCUGCCUGACCCCCGUCCCUGGCAGGGGGAGCCCAAGGUGUCACCUCCUUGUGCACAGUUCAGACCUGGUCGCUUGGAGCGGCCAAACAUGGUGCUCAUUUUGUCUUCUCCUAAAACUUUAAAACUUGAAGUAGGUAGUAAGAUGGCUUUUUUUUCCCUCCUGGGUUUACCGCUCAGAGAAAUGAUGGCUAAGAAACCAAAACCACAGUGCCGACAGCCUUUCAAUACUCAGGUUAAUGCUGAAAAAUCACCCAAAACAGUUACUGCAAGACUAAUUUUUAAAAACGUCUAUGGCUCCUUGUUUCCAGGAGUGUGCAGUAGAAGACAGGUAGCUAAGGGACGUUUUAAGGGCCCGAGAGUUUUUUCUAGGGCUAGCAGAAGAGAAAAUGAUGUCUAUGUCUAUCUUGAAUUUUCCCUGGCACAUUCCCCUGGCCUCCGUUACAUAUAAAGGGCUGGGAUCUGCUGUCAGGGCCCAUGUUAGAGAAUUUUCCACAGUGGUGAUGGUUUCAGCAGGGAUGACAUCAUCAUCGCGUUCAGGGCUAUUUUUUCCCCACAGACCCAAGGGCAGGGCCACCCUUAGCUAAAAUCCCUCCCAGUGACUGCAGUAGGACCCUUAGGGGAGCUCAGGAAGGGGUGGGCUGGGUUGUAAGCUGCCAUAGGUUAUGCAGACAGGUAUGGCUUCUCACUGCCUCCCUCUUGCCUAUGUGAAGGGAGUGAAGGAGGCGGCUUAGGUAAGACCCUCCCCACCUAAAAAAAAAUGCAACCUCCAGACUACUCUGCAGGCGUGGGUCCCUGGAUCCAAGCAUGACUCCCUGAUUCCUCAGCCUUUUUCUAAUCUCAAGCUGUGGCAGCCGGGGGGCAGAAGCACAUUUGCUGUUUUUUUCCCAUCAUCUAAGAGAUGGCAGGGGAAAACUGCAAUAAAAGCUCAAUCCUCCCUCCAGAGAUUUUAAAGUCCUUUUUUAUUCCAUGAUGAGUCAUUUUUAGGGGGGAAUGGGAGGUCAGAUAAGCUGCAUUUCAGAAAUGCUGUCGUAAUGGUUUUUAACACCUUUUACUCUUCUUACUGGUGCUAUUUUGUAGAAAAAAGGAGCAACUUUGACAGGUUUUAUGGGAGUUUUUUUUUAUACACUUUUUAAAAAAUCUCAGACUUCUAUUUUUAUGUUUUAACAUUUUCAUAAUUUUUGUUUUUGUAACUGGAGCCACAUAACAAGUAUGGGGAAAAAAUUGUGCCUUGUUUCAACAGUUUUGCUGAUUUUUAGGCUGAAAGAUGACUGAUGCCUAGAGUUUACCUUAUUAUGUUGAAUUAA